AUGUCGCGACGGGCGUUGGUCCUCGAUGGCCUAUGGUAUUCUCUAUGUCCAUCCUUCACAGCUUUGAGCCUCGGUCGCUCGGCGUAUCCUAAACCCAAAGGACGAAUAUCGAGACCGACACUACCCUCGAUCACUCCCGCAAGCGCGCCUGCUCGUCGGUGCUACAGCACAAUAGGCGACAACCACGGAGCUCAAAAUAAAACACCGCUUGAACCUCAGACCGACAAAACACAUCCCAACGAUCACAAUAAUGAACCCAAUGCUCACUUGCCCGAGGAACGGACAAACACACGGAGCGAACGGAAAAGCCUCUCUCGAACACACAAGGUGCAAGAAGAUCUGUUGAAGUGGACGAACGAGGGCUUGGAAACACGCCUUCAAUAUGUCACUGAGAAAAAGCCCAACAUUCGACACAUCACGCAGAUUCUGCGGCUGCUCAUUCGAGAUCGCCAUGUACGGCCUAAUGCGCGACACUAUAAAGCUCUGAUCAUCGCCAACACCGACAAUGAACGAGGAUCGCCACAGGUUGUGCGUGAAUUACUAGAAGAAAUGGAAAGCAAUGGGGUCACUGCAGACUCAGGCACCCUACAUGGUGCAUUACAGGUCCUUGCCGUUCACCCCGACUAUCUCCUUCGACAGGAAGUCCUGAACAAAAUGCGCGAUAGGUGGUUGACGGUCAGUCCGGCCGGCUGGCAUUUCGUGGUGGCGGGACUCCUGCGCGAGAACCAAAUCGAGCUCGCCCUCGAACACCUCGAAUCGAUGGAACGGAAGGAUACCGUAGUUCAGAACUGGCUGCACAGUAUCUUCAUCUACACGCUCUGCGACCACGGCGAAAUGGACGAGGUGUACAAGUUGAUGCGAUCUCGGGUUGAGCAAGGUCGCGAUAUGACGCCCCAGCUAUGGAUGCAUGUGUUGAUGACGGCGGGUUCUCACGACCACUACGCCAUGGCGCACUAUGUGUGGCGACGCAUGGUCGAGCUGGGUUACAUGAACCCGCUCAUUCCGGUGUGCAAUGACGUCCUUCGACUGGCAGCUCGGGAGGGUGACACGGAGCUGGCGAAUUCUGUGUUCCGGUACCUUGUGGAAGGCGGGAUGCCCCUCGAGAGCGGACAGUAUGAGCGACUUGUGGAAACGCACGUGGCAGCCGGUGACCUGCCUACUGCGUUCAAAACAUUGUGCACUAUGCACGAAACACAGAUCCCGCUAGCGGAUAGUUCGACGGACUCUAUUCUUGCCUACAUGAUCCAAUCUAAAGUGGAUCGACGGGAGGUGUGGCAGAUGCUCAAGCGUCUGAAGAAUGAGAAGCGGACCGUGCCCAUUAAUGCCGUCCGUGUUGUGGCCGACCUCUGUGAACACGACGCUCAAUCUGACCCGUCGGUGGUGGAUGAUGGAGUAGGUUUCUACAAGGAACUUUACACCGUUUGCCCAGAGGGGGCAGACGUUCGAAUCUACAACACACUAAUCCGGAUGUGCCGCACGGCCCGAAACCGGGAAUCAGGCAUGUUCCUGGUGAAAGAGAUGGCGUCCCUCGGGGUGAUCCCGAACGGGGCAACCUUUGAAUCCAUCAUUUUGAUGUGUUUGGACGCGGGAAAUUUCAGGUCCGGCUUUAUGUAUUUCCAGGACCUGGUUAAGCGGGAAGCGGCAUUGAGCGCUGAAACGCAAGGGGAAAUUCGCACCAUCUGUGCCGGGUCCGUGGACGAAUUUGCCAUGCGACUACAGUAUCACCCUUACGUUCGCGACGAUGUACGAAAACUCGAUGAAGAGCUUCAACAGAAGCAGCGGGAGAAAGAAGCCAAUGAGAAAGUUGGCCGCCACCCUGUUCCUCCGGCCGUUCGAAGGUUGAGCAUGUCAGACGAUCAAAGAAGAGACUUUAACAAGGAACGUCGAAAGCGGAAACGUCGCCGUCUCGCAAUUGAGCGAAAUAUGAAAGAAGAGGGGUGGGAUGAAUGGGAAGUCGAUACUGCCAAGACCGAUUGA